AUGGCCUCGCGAUUCAACCCCGGGAAGCUGUUCAUCCGCACGCGCUUCAACUACGAGAAGGUGCCCGGCGCCGACAGCCAGAGCUCGUCACCCCUGCCGCUCUUUAGCUCAAAGUCAUGGGGCGGCAGCAAGUAUCGCCAGCCCGCCUGGGCAAGCCGCAUCCAGAGGCCGCGACUGUCGUUCGCGCGCCUGGUCACACUCGCCGUCACCAUCGUGCUGCUGGUGUCCAUGCUGAGCACAGGUAUCUACAGGCGACACAGGUGGCACGACCAGCAACGCAAAGGUGACGACAAGAAACAAUUCCACUGGGAGCACUAUCCUCGACUGUCUGGCUUCUUCAAUGGCGUCCGCACGCUGGUGCCGUACGGGGAUUGGGUCUCUGAGCAAGACUUUGUCAGAUAUUCGCAGAGCCCCAACCCCGAGGACAACAUCAAGCCAAAGUGGCCGCACAUGCCAAAGGACAACAAGGAGCCUUCCAUGGACCCCAUCCCCUUCGACCCCUACAAGUUCGACUCCGCCGAGUAUCUCAAGGACCACGACAAGGUCGAGACAUGCUAUCUCGACGCCGACGAAAAGGUUGACUCACCCGACAUCUAUGCUUACCCUGGCAUUCCCCAAAACAUGUCUGCACCUUUCUUUGGCUCCUAUGAGGAGCUUGGCAUGAACGACAAGGUCUGCUUCGAGCGCUUUGGCCGCCUCGGACCUUACGGUUACUCCUACUCCCGUGAAGAGGGCGGCCUCGACAUGGAUGCAAAGUCCGAGAAAGGAGGCGCUGACAUGCUCUGGCACACAGAGAAGAAAGUUGACUACAGGAAGGUCAACUGGGCUUCUGCGCAAAAACGAUGCUACGAGAAGAACAAGAAGCGCUUCGAAGCCAAAAACGCAACAGAGGAUGGAGCGCCUGCCAAGAAGAAGGUCCCUCGACACGCGUACAUCCUCCGCACUUGGACUGGAUACAAGUACAGCGAUUACCAGCUGUUGACUAUCCGCGCCAUGAUCAACGAACUGGCUCUCAAGUCUGGCGGCGAGUACGACGUUCACUUUUUGCUCCACGUCAAGGACGACAGUAUCCCCAUCUGGUCCUCGGAAGAGCAAUACCAGAAAGUCAUCGAGGACAAUCUUCCAAGGGAGUUCUGGGGCAUGGCAACUCUGUGGUCGGAGCAACAAAUGCGCAUGUACUACCCCGAGCCGUUCCCUAACAACGUCUACAACCACGCCAAGGCUCCCGUUCACUCGGUCUAUCGUAGCGCUCACUUUGCUAUGCAAUGGUUCUCGCAGGCCCGCCCCGAGUACGACUUUUACUGGAACUGGGAGAUGGAUCUUCGUCUGACUGGUCACUACUACGAGUUCAAUAACAGGAUCGGCGAGUGGGCCAAGAAACAGCCCCGCAAAGGUCUUUGGGAGCGUUCUUCUCGCUACUACAUCCCCGACCUCCAUGGUUCCUGGAAGAACUUCACCGAAAUGGUGGAGGAAGAACUAUACAAUAGCGACGAGAAGCCUGUCUGGGGCCCACCGAAGUUUGAAAACACCGGCAUGCUCCCCAGUCCCCCUGAGACGCAACCUCCCAGGUCAUACUCUCAAGAUGAUUACCAGUGGGGUGUUGGUGAGGAGGCUGACAUCAUCACUUUCAACCCGAUCUUCGACCCCGCCAAAACCAACUGGGUAUUCCGCGACGAUGUGACUGGAUACGACCUUGAGCUUCCCGAGCCUCCUCGACGAUGCGCUAUCAUCACUGUCUCGCGACUUUCGAAGCGUCUGUUGGAUCUUAUGCACCGUGAAACGUACCUCAUGAAACACCACAUGUUCCCCGAGAUGUGGCCGCCGAGUGUCGCGUUUCACCAUGGACUGAAGGCCGUUUACGCCGCACACCCAGUAUACUUCGAUCACAACUGGCCUCUUGAAGCGCUUGAAGGCACAUUCAACAAGCCACCCAAGCCUACCGACAGUGUCUUCGGUUGGGGCGAACACAACCAGCUAGGCAACAGCUUUUACUACAACGCUGGCUUCUCCUCAGAGUGGUGGCGGCGAUGGCUCGGCUCGCGCGAGAACGACAAGGGUGGUCCAGCUUUCGAAGAAGCCAACACGGGCCGCAUCUGCAUGCGCCCAGCACUCUUCCAUCCUGUCAAGUACGAAAAGGGCUCAGAAUAA